UUUUUAAGUUGGGGACGAUGCUGUUUUCCUUCCAUUUGCUUUCCUUGUUUUUUGACUUGCUUUUUGAUUCUCGCUGCAUCACACGCUGCUACUGGAUAGGCACCUUUCUUCUCCCGCCUCUCUUGUCGCUUGUCUAUUCCUUGUCUUCUCCUCCUCCUCCUCCUUUAUUGGCAACACACAAACGUUACAUGUCACCUAGGUCUAUUCCAGACGUUAUCCCACGAGCCGCAGGCCCCGACGACGCUUCUUCUGAAGAGUACUCAGGGCCCAAAACAACCGACCCGCGCAUUCACCCAGAACCGCACGUCACUCCACUUAAAAACCACAUUGACGGCACACCCGACAUUGGCAAACCAUCCAAUGGAUGUAAGGGCCAGGAACAACAACGCGUUCAGGACGAGGAACUCAACAGAAUUCUCAAUUCACCACCCAUAGUAACUUUUGAGUCUCCACGGAGGUCUUCGGACGACCAAAAACAACGCCAGCGCCAUGGCCCGAUCCUAAACCAAGACAUUCUCGUUCAAGGCGCACAGCCCAACGGUGACAUUGGGUCCCAAAUCGACCACCCGGAAGCUCUCACUGUCGAGCCAGGCAAGACCCACACAGAAACUCUCGUCGUCAUCCCAACACACUACGUAUUCAUCUUUUCCAACCCGCGCUCGGGCAACCAACAAGGCUUGCCCCUCGUUCAAAUGAACAUUCAACACUACCGCAUGCGCGACCAGCCUCAUGUCCAGGUCCAAUUGUACGACUUUCUUGAUGCCGAAGAUCGUACGGCAGGCUUGAAAUAUCUCCACCUCAUUGUCGCAAAACAAAAGAGUCUCAAACAGAUCCAUGUUUGGAGCGCCGGUGGUGAUGGAACUCUCAUGGGCGUUGUGGAGGGAAUGCUCGACAUGGGAAUCGAUGUCAACGACCCUCGCAUUCUCUUUAGUGUCAUCCCGUUUGGUACCGGGAAUGAUUUGAGUCAGGUUCUCGGUUGGGGGCGCUAUGUCCCUGGAACGGAUGUCGCGGGUACCCAUCUGGAAGGCUUGAACCAGCUAGUCAUGGCGAGGUUACAGGGGCAUGUUACACUCUUGGACAUUUGGGAAGUGGAACUCGAAACAGAGGAAGGGGGAUGGGUGGAGGAAGCGGGAAGUGGGGAUAGGCACCGCUACAUCAAGCGCAAAAUGUCCAACUACUCGUCUCUCGGACUUCAAGGCCGCGUGGGAGUCGGUUUCGAAAAGCACCGUCGUGGUUCGCGUCUUUUAAACGCAUGGGAAUACACUAAGCAAUCCCUCAGCGUCGUUGCCCACGGUGCUCCCCAUGUCACAGAUGCUGUUCGUGCUCUUGAAGCUGAAGGCAUGCUGUUUGAGUUGGACGGAGACAAAUCGCUGCGCGUAUCACAUGAGCCUAUCGAAUUCAUUAUCCAAAACAUUCCAGGCAUGUGGGGCCGACACGUUGACCUCUGGGGCGUCACCGAAAUGUCUCGCAGCAUCAUCAAAGACCAACGUGGCCCAACCGACAUGACACACUGGACUCCUCAUGCAGCUUACGAUGGCAAACUCGAAGUAUUCGGCAUCGGCACUCUCCGUUCUUACUUCCACAAGCAAUUCCCCUGGGGCCGCAAGCACCUCCAACGCGUCGGCCAAUUCCCGUCCCCAUUCACCGUGCACUUUCACCCCCACUCCCACGUCCACGCAAUGAUUGAUGGCGAAUUCUACGAAAUCCGCGGCGCAAAGAAAUUAACCUAUAAACGCAUCAUGCAGAUUCGCAUGGUGGGCAGUGCGCCCGAGAAGAGCCGAUUGGUCCGUGAUCUGGUCGAACACAGGGCAGAAUUGCCUGGCCCCACUGGCGAAGGUGUGGAACCUGGAGUGGAUUUCGAGGUGGGCAAGACAGAAUACGGUGAAGAAUCCAAGGAAGAUAAGAGGGAGCGACAUUUGAGUGAACAUAAAAGUCGACAUGGGACCCCUGAUAGAAGGAGUCGGGAGGCAAGUGCAGAGCGACCGGUGAUGAGUGAGACAACCCGAUAGACGGAACAAAACUAUUUCUUUUGCUUUAAUCUUUUUUCGUUUUUUUUUUUUUUUGGUUUUUGGAAUUCAUCCCGUCCCCAUACGCCCAUGAUCCCUAUCUGAAUUGCCCCCUGAUACUUUUUUUUUUUUUGAGUCCCCUUGCUUUUAAUUCACCAUGCAAAUUGAUAAAUAUAUAAUACAUACAUUAGAAUCCGUCAUCGCAUCCCUAUUUUUCACUGCUACGCCAUUAAUGUGUCAGCCAUGUAAAAUUGUAUCAUCU